CACUUAUUAUCCAAUGAGAUUGACACAACACAGCCAGCUGUUGAUUAGUGAAUCUACUUCUAUUCAAUGAACAAUAUUCAUCUUAACGUGUCUAUUUAAUUUCAAUCAAUGAUUAACAUCUUCUAAUGAAGCAAUCAAAUCAUGAUAAAUCCUGAAUCCCUGGAUUUGUCCUAUAUUGAUCUAAUUAAACCUUAUAUUUAGCUUAAUCUGUUUUCUAAGAUUACAAGCCAACAAGUUUUUUUACCUUUAGUGGUUGCUUUGCCUUCUCAUUAAGAAAAUGGAUGCUAAACAUGAUGUUCUCAAGUUUAUCUUUAAAGAAGAUGAGUGUAUUGAUCCUGAUCUCUCAGAGGACUAUAUUGACAAGUUAUGCUCGAUUGGUAUUCAUAGUUUAGCCAGGGAACCGGCUCGAUUAUUGGAUGAAAAAUGUCGGCUAGAAGAUGCUAUGAAGGAUGAAGCUUUCAAAAAUUAUCCGUGUUUCUUGGAAGCUCAUAAGCUCGGCAAAGACGUCAAACAAGAGGUUCUAGGAAUUGAAGAUAAAUUAGACAAAUUUAUUGAUAAAAUACCAUUCUUCCAAAGAAAGCUUUCAGGAUUCUCUGAUGAAGCCAAAGACAUUACUAAAAGAUGGAGGCAAGCAUCUUUAAUGUUAUCCAAACAUAAUCAGCUGUUAGGGUUCCUUGAAAUACCCCAAUUAAUGGAUUCUUGUGUGCGGAAAGGUUACUACGAUGAGGCUUUACAAUUAUACUCGUACAUUCAACGAAUUGACCGACUCCACGGUAAAGAUGCUCCUCUGAUUCAGACAAUAUCAAACGAGUUAUCCCAGUGCAAGGAAUUAAUGAUUAACCAGCUGCUCAAAGAGUUAUAUGGGGACAUACAAUUGCCUGUUGCCCUCAAAAUUAUUGGUUAUUUAAGACGUAUCAAUGUUUAUGAUGAAACUGAGUUGAGGAUAAAGUUUCUCUAUGCUCGAGAUGCUUGGUUAAAAAAUCUGGUUAAAGAAGUAACAGUCACGAAUCCUCUUGCGUACAUGGGAAAAUUAAUAGAAAUAUAUCGGAUCAACUUAUUUAAUACAGUUACACAGUAUAGAGCUUUAUUUGCGGACGAUGAUAUUGUUUCGCUCUCAUCAUCAUCUAAACAAAUCUCAGGUCAAGAAACCUUGAACGACUCUGAUCACCGUGAUUUCGGUGAUACAACAAUAUUAACAAGCUGGAUAUCCAACAAGAUUGACUUGUUUCUUAGUCAACUACAAGAUACAUUAGAUAAAUGUCUAGCAGCUGAAUAUUCUUCACUCUAUCCAAUUGAAAAUUUAUUCGACCCUUGUUUUUAUUUUGGCCUUUCGAUGAACCGAAUAGGAGCAGAUUGUAGACCAGAUAUUUCUCUAAUUUUCCAGCGGGUUAUUUUGACAAAAUUUACUCAAUCAGUUGAAACAGCUAUAGAUAAAUUUGAAGCAAAUUUGGAAAACUUUUCUCUAUCUUCGGUUAAUUUAAUGACUAGCUCGUCGUCAUCUCCUGCCAUCUCAUCACUAUCUUCAGCAUCCGAAACGUUAACUUCAGAAUCCAAAACUGAUUACGAGCCGCCAUCCGUGAUUCUCACCUUUCCUCCUUUAGCCAAUCUUUGCAAUGAUCUUCUUGAAGCUUUUAAUCAAGCCAGAAAAUUGAUUCCACUGUCUAUAAUCGCAAAAUUUAGAGAUAUAUUGAAUCAAUCUUUGAUCAGAUCAACGCGAAUCCUAAUCAAUUAUCACAAAACUGAAUCAACAUCAAGCAAUACAAACCCAGAAGCUGAUCUUCUCAAAAAAAUGGUUCAAGUUUACGUCCAUCAUUUGGUGCCUCACAUUCAAAAGUGUUUAACCGCUUUGGUACCGGUCCAGCAGUUAGCUAAAAGUCUUGGACUUUCUGUUCUAGAGUUUAAUCGAUUGAGAAAAACGCGAAAAGAUGUUUCCAUUUCAGACUUAGAUGUCGACGCAAUAAAGGAACUAAUUGAUCAUCUCUUGGUUUGAAUAAGCAAUGAUUUGUUUUGCCAAAACUGACCUGUAUUCCAAUCGAUAGAUGCCUUUACUCGACGCCAUUCACUAUUUAUUGAAUAAAUGUUUGCUAAUCAACAAAAUCAGUAAAGUCACCAAGAUAAAUUAAUUUCGAUUUCCAGCCCCAUAAUCUACUGAUAAUACUAACAGUAGUAAUUAUAUCGGUAAAAGACAAUUUUAUUUCUCACAAUUAUUACCAAUUAUCUUUAUUAUUGACUGUUACAAAUUUUUAUCAACUUGGUAUCACUUGCCGUCUACCAACAAUAAAAUCAACUUGUGAAUACAUUUGACUACCUUGUGAUUUAGCAAUCCAAUUUAACAAAUGGAGACAACUUGCAGCCUCUUGAUUACCAACAACCAAUUAUUAAUGUAUUUCACUCAUAAUUAUUGGAUAAAACGAUUCAAAUCUCAGACUGAUUAACAAUUCCGCCAUUAGACUGAUUCCAGAAGAAAUGAAUUGUUUUUUAUUCUCAUA